CAAGGCGACGGGCGGGGCCAGGAAGUUUGUUCCCGAGUUCGGAGCCCAGGAGUCCCCGCGGCCGUCGCUCAGGUGUCCUCCGCCGGGUCGGGAUGGAGCUGCCUGCCGUGAACUUGAAGGUUAUUCUCCUGGUUCACUGGCUGUUAACAACCUGGGGCUGCCUGGUGUUCUCCGGCUCCUAUGCCUGGGGCAACUUUACUAUCCUGGCCCUGGGGGUGUGGGCUGUGGCCCAGCGCGACUCUGUCGAUGCCAUAGGCAUGUUCCUCGGUGGCUUGGUCGCCACCAUCUUCCUGGACAUUAUCUACAUUAGCAUCUUCUACUCGCACGCUGCCACUUGGGACACUGGCCGCUUUGGCGCCGGCAUGGCCAUCUUCAGCCUGCUGCUGAAGCCCUUCUCUUGCUGCCUCGUCUACCACAUGCACCGCGAGCGAGGGGGCGAGCUCCCCCUCCGCCCGGAUCUCUUCGGACCCCCUCAGGAGCAUAGCGCCUACCAGACGAUCGACUCAUCAGACUCCCCUGCUGACCCCUUUGCCACCCUGGAGAACAAGGACCAAGCUGUCCCCCGGGGAUACUGAAGCUGUUCCUGGCCGUCCUGGUGCCCAGCGGGAUGCCUGUCACCUUUACCUGGACUUACAAUGGGGCAUCCUCGAUUCCACCACAGAGAUGGCCUGAGUCGUGUAUGUGCCCUUGGAGAUCAAGGAGCCUCUAGUUUUCCAGCUGCCCCCCCUUCAAGACACCCGUCAAUCCCUGGGCUAGAGCUGUGGUUGGUUCCUUCCCUCCUACCCUAACCAUAACACACUCCUACCCAGCCGCACAGAGUGCUCAGGGCCAGCCAGGGUCUCUCAGGCCUCCCCCAAGCCGAUCCAGCCCUUCCCAGAAGCUCUGUGAGCUUGUGGUCCUCAGCCUGCUCUGCAUAGGAGCAGAGUUCCGGUGCCUGUCACCGCCUCAUGGUUCGAUGCCUGAGAACUCCAGGCCUGGACGCCUUAGUUCUGCAGAGGCCUCUCUCGGAGCCCUGACAUUAAAAUUCAGGGGUUCUGUGGCUGCGCUGUGUUUGAGCUCCAAGCUCCAACCGCCCUGCCGUCUUGGUAUGAUUUCGCCUCUGAGUUGGAGCCUGAUGGAAGGAAGGGCUCCUGUGAGUUCGCGUGGAGGAGCCUGGCCCCCGCCAAACGGGUGUCAGAGGAAGUGCUGGUCAGGGUGGCACAUCUGCCCUCUGAAUCUAAGUGGCCCAGUUCACUGCCUCUGACACCGAGCAGGGCACGGGUGGCUUCCUCUAAGCCCUGUGUUCUGACCACAGUCACGGCCUCCUGAGGUCCCAGGGUUCCCACGUGCACUCACUGCCAGAUCUCUGGGGACAGACACUUGAAGACUUAUAGGGAACCACAGGCUGAGGUGAGUGUUGUGAAAGAACUGUCCACAGACCUGUAGGCAGGCAGGGAGGCUGAGUGACAGCGUCUGUGAAAAGUGAAUCCCGCCCCCUUCUGGGCGGGGUCACUGUGGUCCAUCCACUGUGUGGAGCACCAACCCAUAUAAUCAGCACAUAACCCAGACCCGCUGGCAUCCCGAGCCCAGUGAGAGCAGAGGGAGGAGCAGCGUGUACCACUAGAGGGCGGUAGUUGUGAUGCAGCCUCUCACAAAACCUGUUUAGGCUGCAUGCAGCGCACUAUAAAACAGGAGCUGGGGCCCAGAGAAAAGGCUCAGCAGCAGGUAAAGGGAGGCUACUCCUGGGCAUGACAGUCUGUGUUUAGCCUUGGACCGACUCGUGAGAGCUGUCCUCUGACCUCCACACUGUUGUCAAGGUUUUACACACACACACACACACACCGGAAUCUUAAAAACAGACAUGGUGGGUGGUUGGAGGCAAAGGCAGGUGAAUCUCUGGGUUCAAGGCCAGCCUGGUCUACGGAGUGAGUUCCAGGACAGCCGGGACUAUUACAUAGAGAAACCCUGUCUACAGAAACAAACAAACAAAGCUCUGGGACACGUGCUUGCAGAGGCCUUGGAGGAGAAGGGCGCAUGAGACCUGAGGCAAAGAUGGAGAACCCAGUGUUUUCUCCUGGAAGGGUUCUCAGCAGAAGGAAGGCCUGGAGUGUGGGCGCCUGAGUCUCUUGGAAUAAUAGGUCAUGCUUGCGGAGACUAACGGGGUGAGGGAGGGGCUCGGCCUGAGUAGCUAAGGCAGCUCAGAGCCUGCAUCCUCCCCCGGAUCUGACUGACUUUAGGGCAGGGUAGAGGAGGACUAUCACCGGAAGAGACUAGAGCAGGGGAGCUGGGCUUUCUCAUUGGUUGGCGGCUGUCUCACAGUGAGUGACAAACUUCCAGCUGAUGGGGGAGAGGCCCUGGGGGACCCCAGAGCUGCCACCGGCCUUACAAAACAGCUCGUGAAGAAGAACAUCCAGUGCCAGAAUAGGUGGGUGAAAGUAGAGACACGCCCUGGAGGCAGAAGGUCUGAGUGGAGAGGCGGCCCCCAGGAAGCCUGCCUGACCUGGAGCACUGGUCAGUAUGUGGUCAGGAAGCAGGUGUGGCUGGAGCGCUGGGUGUCAGAAGAGCAGGCUGGGAGCCGUCGUGGGGACUGGCCUCCACUGAGCAAGAGAACAGGAGAGCAUGCGCCGGAAUCCGCAUCUGCACCCGCUGCAUGAGAGCCCAAGAGAGCAUGCGCCGGAAUCCGCAUAUGAAUUUGACUGGUUGAUACACCCUAGAAGGAUAGUUUGUAUCUGUGGGCUGUGGGAGUGUGGCAAGCUGUCGAUUAAUUCCCAGACACACUCUGAAGGUGACUGGCAGGAUCUGCGGACGCGCCGAAGACAGAAACUGGCAAUCACUAACAACAGGAUUUGGGCUCGACCCUGGAGUUGCCUCUGACUGGAGGGCAAAGAGGAGCACACAGGCUGGCCAGCAAGGCCCGGGAGGGCUGUGCUUGUGGAACGGGGCUCUUCAAUCAGCCAUUCUCACCCGCACCUGCCUUUGUGCCACAAGUCCCCAUGCUGAUUUGGAAACAGGCUGGCCCCCAGGUUUUAGUCUAGAGUCGGCCAGUCUCGUCCUCGGGAGGUCUCUUCCCUGUUGCCUGCAGAGCUGAAGUCACUUGUCCAGUUUGCAAAGCUAUUGCUUGUUUGUACUGAGUUGAGUCUUCCUGAGAAACUACCCCUGGGGCAGGUACUCAGUAUACUUGUCUGUCACACUGCUGGUCUGCUCUGCGCUCUCUCUCUCUCUCUUUCUCUCUCUCUCUCUCUCUCUCUCUCUCUCUCUCUCUCUCACACACACACACACACACACACACUUGGAGAAAAAUGUAAAUUAAAGGGAGGAUAAGAAUCGGGUGCGACUCGGACUAGUGAAGGUUAAGAACAGUGGAACCUCGAUGGUCAGUAAAUGUUAAAGCGUA